CAGGGUCACAAAACUACACCAGGAAAUGCCCACAACUCCCACGAAAGCCUUGUCAAAUGUGUGUUUCUUUAGGUUCACGGUACAGAGGAAGGGUCACACUACCACCAGGGUCACAAAACUACCCCAGGAAAUGCCCACAACUCCCACGAAAGCCUUGUCAAAUAUGUGUUUCUUUAGGUUCACGGUACAGAGGAAGGGUCACACUACCACCAGGGUCACAAAACUACCCCAGGAAAUGCCCACAACUCCAACGAAAGCCUUGUCAAAUGUGUGUUUCUUUAGGUUCACGGUACAGAGGAAGGGUCACACUACCACCAGGGUCACAAAACUACCCCUGGAAAUGCCCACAACUCCCACGAAAGCCUUGUCAAAUGUGUGUUUCUUUAGGUUCACGGUACAGAGGAAGGGUCACACUACCACCAGGGUCACAAAACUACCCCUGGAAAUGCCCACAACUCCAACGAAAGCCUUGUCAAAUGUGUGUUUCUUUAGGUUCACGGUACAGAGGAAGGGUCACACUACCACCAGAGUCACAAAACUACCCCUGGAAAUGCCCACAACUCCCACGAAAGCCUUGUCAAAUGUGUGUUUCUUUAGGUUCAUGGUACAGAGGAAGGGUCACACUACCACCAGGGUCACAAAACUACCCCUGGAAAUGCCCACAACUCCCACGAAAGCCUUGUCAAAUGUGUGUUUCUUUAGGUUCACGGUACAGAGGAAGGGUCACACUACCACCAGGGUCACAAAACUACCCCAGGAAAUGCCCACAACUCCCACGAAAGCCUUGUCAAAUAUGUGUUUCUUUAGGUUCACGGUACAGAGGAAGGGUCACACUACCACCAGGGUCACAAAACUACCCCUGGAAAUGCCCACAACUCCCACGAAAGCCUUGUCAAAUAUGUGUUUCUUUAGGUUCACGGUACAGAGGAAGGGUCACACUACCACCAGGGUCACAAAACUACCCCUGGAAAUUCGUCUAG